CGCUUUACCAUACUGGACUUUUGACAGGUCUUGUUGUUGUCGAGGCUUGGUAGCAAAUUAAUAGAAUUUAACCAAUUUACACCCGAACGAUGGCCCAAGUUCCCUUGGCAAUUGUCUCGCACAAGCGCCAGGUGUGCAGUCUGUACAAGCGGGCGUUGCGCAAUCUGGAGGCCUGGUACGACCGACGCAAUGAUUACCGCUACCGCGCCGUUCAGCUACGCGCACGGUUCGACGAAAACCGCUGCAAGGAUCUGGGCGAAGGCAUCCAACUCCUUGCCUGCGGACAGAAGGAGCUCUUUGAGACGAAGCAUUUCCAGCCCCGAAACUUUGCUAACAGUGCCGGUGGCUGCGCUUUCGAACGAGAGGUGAUCCCGCCCGACUGGUUGCUGGACUAUUGGCAUCCUCUGGAGAAGGCCCAAUACCCCGAGUAUUUUGCCAAGCGGGAACAGCGUAAGAAGGAAUAUGUGACCUGGUGGGAGAAGCAAUACGGCAAGCCAGACCCAAAGGACCUAGGACACCACUAAUUUUAGAGUACAGUAGUCAAAUCAAAUCCAAUCUUUGUCUUUAAAAGUAAAUCUAUUGGAGCUGAAA